GCGUAGAGCCCAACGUUAUUUACGUCCACAGACGGCUUCAGCUGCAACACAGUCACCGCUAAAUCACUUUAAACGUCCACAAAAAGAGGAACGGUCGCAGGAGUUGUCGCUGAGAGCAGAUUUCCACAUCCGAAGAUAUCUUUCGGUGGAAGAAACCUCAUCUUCAGCCCGCCCUGCUUGGACUGGGUCCCAUCGGUACCUUGCUGUGUGUUGACAUCAGCUGUGCGGCUGUAGGGACUCGGGGGAGCAGCAGCAUGUCAGAGUCCGGACACAGUCAGCCCGGGAUGUACGGGCAGGGACGCAGGAGGAGGCGACGCCGGGGAGACAGGGAUGCUGGACCUCCGGGACAAAAUCUGUCCGGUCCCAGUCGGGAUCGAGAAUACCAACCGAGGGAACGAAGGGAUGGAAGCGAGGAUCCACCAGGCCCCCUCAUCCAGAAGACCCCCAUCAUUCUCGCAAAACCCCCUGGGGACAGGGCCAAGCCGUCUCAGAAUGCACCUGCCAGUGGAGCUCCAGUCUUGGAGAAGCCCAUCAUGCUGAUGAAAGCCAGGGACGAUGGAGGGAAACCUGGAACCCCUCCAGAAGCGGCAGCUCAGCCCUCUGGUCCCGGACCCUCCAAGAUGGAGAAGGAAGGGCAGCGACCCACCCAGCCUGUAUACCAGAUCCAAAACAGAGGAAUGGGUGCUUCAGCAUCAAGCAGCGCUGUGGACCCCAUGGUUGGCCAGUCUAAACUCCUCCCUCCAGAGAAGAUGAAGCACAGCAUUAAGCUUGUGGAUGAUCAGAUGAAUUGGUGUGACAGCGCCAUGGAGUAUCUCAGGGACCAGACAGAUAUGUUGGUGGUGGGAGUCAUUGGCCUGCAAGGAGCUGGGAAGUCUACAAUCAUGUCACUGUUAUCUGCCAACACUCCUGAGGAAGAUCAAAGGGGUUAUGUAUUCAAAGCUCAGACUCAAGAAAUCAAGGAAAGAGGAGGAAACCAGAGCACAGGUAUUGAUUUCUUCAUCACACAGGAGAGAGUCAUCUUCUUGGAUACACAGCCAAUGCUCAGCCCAUCUAUUCUCGACCACCUCAUCAACAAUGAUCGGAAGUUGCCUCCGGAGUACAACCUCCCUCACACAUAUGUUGAGAUGCAGUCUCUUCAGAUCGCCGCAUUCCUGUUUACAGUGUGCCAUGUGGUCAUUGUAGUUCAAGAUUGGUUCACCGACUUAAACCUCUACAAGUUUCUUCAGACUGCUGAGAUGUUGAAACCUUCCACUCCGUCUGCAAGCCAUGACAGCACUGGCUCUUCAGGCAAUGAUGAUGGAGCAGAGUACUAUCCUCAUAUAGUGUUCCUCCAGAAUAAGGCCAGGCGGGAUGAUUUCUGCCCAAGGAAUCUGAAAAACAUGCAUAUGGUUGUGGACAAAUUAAUGGCCCACUCUCAUCUCAAAUACAAAGGUACAUUGUCCAUGUUGGACUGCAACAUCUUCCCUGGCUUGGGGCAGGAGUUUCUGGCGACUGAAGUCAACAUGUUUCUCCUUCCUGUGCAGGAGAACGACGGGGAGGAUAAUCUGACUAAAGCAGGGUCUGGAACAUACCCACUCUUCUCUCUGCUCCCGGGGUACAGAGGACACCCUGCCUUCUCCACCAUGGUUUCAAAACUCCGCAGCCAAAUACUAGCCAUGCCCCGCUGUCAGCUGUCACACACCAUCCUCACUGAAAAGAACUGGUUUCACUAUGCGGCUCGGAUCUGGGAUGGGGUGAAAAAAUCCUCAGCCCUCUCCGAAUACAGCCGCCUGCUCUGCUAACACCUUGGUCGAUCUGCUGUUGGAUACAAUAGCUGUGCAAGCUCUUACGUCCGCUAAUCAGGUCAUUUAAGGAGAAAUUUUGCUCUGAAAGUGGAGACUGUUGUUUGCACCCUACAAGUGAAAAUGGAAGGCCAGGCAGACACCAUCUUCGGGUCCAUACACUUUGCUGUGAAUGAAAACGAACUGAGUCUUGGUCCUCCAUAUCAGAAAGUUGCCUAUCACUGCCUUCAGCAAAUGUGACCAGGAGAGCCACAUUCUGAACAGUACUGGUGAGAAAGGGAGAUAAAAUUAGUCGUCUGUACAUGUGUUUUGUAAACCAUUAUUUACUAUGUGACGCUGUAACUGUGGUUUCGGUGUUAGGAUCGUGCACACGUUUUCUGAGAUGAAAAUGCAGCCAUCUCUUACGUUAUUUUUUUUAUUUUCUUUGAAACAUCAAUAAGAAAUGUAAUUGUCAGUUACUCAGAAAUAAAAGCAGACUCUAAUAAAA